AUGGACGUGCCGGAGCGGGGAAUUCCACUCAUGUACCUGGAUGGGCAGCGCAGUGCAGAAUACGCACGCACUCCAGGACAUGAUGCGCCCACUCCAGGACAUGACGCGCGUUUGCGGCCGUUUCGGAUGCCGCUCGCUAUUGGAUUCGUGCUCCUUGGCCUGCUAAAUAAUCUCCCGUACGUUGUGAUCCUCGCUGCAGCUCAGGAGCUGCUGCCACCACAUACACCUACGGGGCUUGUAACGUUUGUAAACAUUGCGCCAGCACUGCUUUCAAAGGCCAUCUUCCCCUACUUUCUGAAAGGCGAGAUCCAGUAUACGUUCCGUGUGUGGGCAUGCGUUCUUCUCGCAAUCGUCGGGAUGCUCACCAUCGCCAUGUUCUCCUCACUUACUCUGCGUUUAAUUGGGAUCGGCAUAGCCAGCUUUGGCAGUGGGCUUGGCGAGGUCAGCUAUUUGCAAUACUCGACGCGCUACCCCUUUGCCACCACAAUGAGCGCUGUCGGGCUUUUCUCAAGUGGGACAGGCGCUGCGGGGCUGUUGGGGGCGCUUGCAUGGUGGCUAGUGCGUCCGUUAGGCAUACGGACAGGCAUAGGUCUUUUAUCACUGCUUCCGCUUGGCAUGGCGCUCGCAUUUUUUGUCAUUCUCCCGGCGCCACAUGCGUGGCCCAAACAUAGUGCGCGGCGUGCCGAGCAAGACGAGGCGGCGCAGCGCCUCAUGGAUCCGGAUGGUGUACCUGCAGAAGAUCAAGAUGCAGAGACAGAAGCCUAUCGUGGCGCGCGCGAUGGGCUAUCGUUUGCGCACAAAAUGCGCUUGCUGCGGCCAAUGCUGUUUCCCUACGUCUUGCCGCUUGUAUGCGUCUAUUUCGCAGAGUAUACUAUUAACCAGGGUGUUGCACCUACAUUGUUGUACCCUGUGCCAUCCUCUGCAAAACAUCCACUGCUUGCCGCCGUGAUCCACUCAUUGCGGGAUUACUACCCAUUGUACCAACUGAUAUACCAGACCUUUGUGUUUUGCUCGCGCUCAUACACCUCCGUUCUGCAACUCCCGCCCAUUCCCAAGUCAUGGUUAUGGUCGCCUGCUAUUGUACAGUUUACAUUGUUGGGGCUCAUGGUGAGCGAAAGUGUUUUUGCUUGGUUCCGCGAGUCGAUCGCGCGCUCUUUGGUGAUUGUGCUAGUCGCAGUGGAAGGACUCGCGGGCGGUGCUGCAUAG